AUGGGACCGUUGAAUCAAUCAGAACAUCCACUACUACUACUACUACCACCACCACCACCUACUAUCUGUCCACACAUGGGAUACAACGACGCAAUCCCGUCGUCAAAGCCAGUCAUGUAUUUUGCGUUCUUAAUGGCCGUGGCAGCACGCCUAGAGAUACUCUACGCACGCCCGGAGUCCCGUGACUCACGCUCCAAUCGGUCAAUUGCAUAUUUCUGUCGACAGUCGCGAGAUGAGUGGAGAGGCAAACGCGGCAAAUCACGGGCAAAAUCAAAGACGAGGUCGUCUUGGGCAGGUCUACAGUUUCCCAUGGGUCAAGUGCAUCGUCUGCUGCGUCGUGGCGAUUAUGCCAAGCGUGUAGGUGCUGGAGCGCCAGUCCACAUGGUUGCCGUGCUCGAAUACCUGGCUCCUGAGGUGGUGGAUUUGGCUGAUAAUGCGGUGCGUGACAACAAGAAGACGCAUAUCACCCGCGCCACCAUUCGCAAGGAUGAGAAGCUGCGCAAGUUGAUGGAUGGCAUCACGAUCGGGCAGAGUUGUAUGCUGCCCCACAUCCAGGCAGUGUUGAUGUCCCAGAAGGAGGAGAAGCCGGUGGCCAGUAAGGAGUAG